UGUCUUGCAGUUCUUGGGGGAAACCCAGUCUCGAAAUCUCAGCUGCCCAGUUCCUCUCUGUGUGGUCAAUGACUCAGCCGGAGGCAGCGAUGGCACGGCAUGCUGGGCAGGGAGCAAAGAAGGACCCCAGAACAAAAGCUGUGCGGAGACAGGCAGCCUAAACCGAGCCCCAACAAAGGGUGCCUGCAAGAUGGGCAGGCCAUGGAUGGUGUCCUGGCAGAUGCUGCUCUUAGCAGCCUCCAUCCCAAGUUCUUGCUUCCUGCGGUUUCCAGGCCAGGGCAAAAUGAGAAUACACAUCAAAGUUGAACCAGAAACCCCAAGGGACGGACAGAGUGUCACCUUAACACCAGAACGUGUUGAUCUGUUUAGCUGCCACUGGUACCGAGGGGCAGCUGAAGAGAAAAAUAAGAUCUUUGUUUAUUCACUAAGCCCAUUUACUGAACAGAAAAAUGGACCUGCCUUCAGUGGGAGGGAGUCUGGGGCCACAGACUGCUCCCUUCACAUCACAGAUUUAAGGCUGAGUGACUCUGGAACUUAUACAUUAAGAAUGGGAGGAGUUCUACGAAAUGAAAUGGGAGCUACCAGCAUAACCAUCUCAGAAAUCCUCUCCCACCCAGCCCUGUGGCCGACAGAAUCCCUAGAGUCAGAGAACACAAGUGUCACCUUAUACUGUAACACCUCUGACCGCCUUGACGUCUCCAUCCUUUGGUUCAAGGAUGGUAAUCCUGUCCAAUCUAAGACUGGGCUUUCUGACCGGAACCGAACCCUCGCGCUAACUAGCAUCACCAAAGAGGACGAAGGGAUCUAUACGUGUCAGGCAGUCAACCCUGUCAGUAAUGCUGUAAGCAACCCCAGUAAGAUAACUUUGGCAUAUUCUUCUGCUGAAGCCCACACUGGUACUGUUAUCGGGUCUCUGGUUGCAAUAUUGGUGCUGAUGGGAAUCCUGACUUACCUCUUUCUCCGUGCCCGUCAUCGGAAUGGCAGAAGUUCUUCUCUGGUUGUACCUACCCCUCAGUUAUAUGAGAAUGAUCCACCAUCUGGACAAACAAAAUCUCAAGUUAAGCCUGAAAGCCCCUCCAAGGCAAGCAACACAUAUGAGACCUUGCAGCCCAGAAUCCAGUCUGUCUACGAAGAGAUAAAGAGAUAAGAGUUGGACCCAGCAACUUUAUCUCCACUGCUGAGCCUCUCCUGGGCUCUCAAGCCUCUUUCAUGUUCGGAUCCCUUCCUUUCAGCUGCAGCCAAGUAACUGUAGCUCCCAGGACAUUUUCUCUGCAGGGCCAGGUCCUUCUGGAAAUCCUAGUCCUUGUUCUGAAGAAAAGAGCCAGCCUUAGUCCCCAAGGGACUCUCACAUUGGGAAAGACUUGCAGAUACUCAGACAGAGACACAAAGGAAGUUCUCCCUGGAAAGGCCAAACAGAAUUGCAUCUCAUGAGAGUAAAGGAUUAAUGCUGAGCAGGCGAGGAAUCGCCAUGAAAAUUCAUCAACCUAUUUGUGUACACCUCUCCUA